AUGGGACUGUCUUAUUUAUCUAAGAAAUCAUGGCAUCCAUCAACUUUCAAAAAUAUUGAAAUAGUUUGGGCUGCUGAAUAAAAGAAGAAAGACGAAGAGAAGCGUUAAACAGAGCAUAUUAAAAAGCUUAAGGAGGAAAGGCAGAUUGAAGAGCUGAAGCAGCUUUAAUAUAUGGCAAAGAUUAUACCAGAAAGCUCACUUUAGAGAAUUGAUUGGAUGUAUUAGGACAGAAGUGCUCAAAAUUAAAAUCAAGCAGGAAACUCAGCUGAGGACUAUUUACUUGGUAAGUCUGUGAAGGAACUCAAAGACAAGUAAGAGAAAGAGGAUGAGUUCAAGAAGAAGAUUGUACCAUGUAUUAGAGGUGAUACCUACGCUACUCCAGAAAAUGAGGCUUUUUUGAAAAUGAUGGAAGACCCACUAGUUUACAUAAAGUAGAAAGAACUUGAGGCAAGAAGUUAAGUUUACGACAAUCCUUUAAAAAUGAAAUAGAUUUUGAAAGAGAUAGAAGCUCUAAAGGAAGGGAAAAAAAAGAAAAAGAAGAAGGAUAAGAAAGAUAAGAAAAAUAAAAAGGACAAGAAGAACAAAAAGGACAAAAAAUCAAGGAAGUCAAGUAGCAGCAGGCAUUAGUCAGAAAGAUCAAGAAGUGAUAGUAGAGGUGUUCGUAGUAGCUCAGAGUCAUCCAGUGAAUCUAGAGAAAGAGAUGAAACUACGAGGGACAAAAGCUAUCAUAAAAGUAGUGGAUAUCACAGCGAAAAGAGUAAAUCAAGUAGAUAUAGAUCAAGGUCAAGAUCAUUUGAAAGAGAUAGAGACCAUAACAAGUAAACUUAGAGAAACAGAGAUAGUAGGUCUAGGUCAAACUCAAGAGAGUAUAAUUCAAGAAAAGAGGAUCGUUAAAAAUUUCCAGAAAUAAAUAAGGCUUCUUCUUCUAGUUCUCAGAAUUAGUCAGAUGCCUAAAAUAGUUUAGGACCUGAUAUGAAAUUAUAUGGAGAAAAGCAGAGAUUAAUGGACAUUAAUGAAUAGAUGAGAAAGAAGUAAUAAUCAUCAUAUGAUCUCUAAAAAAUGUCUGCAAAGGAGAGAGAAAUUAAACUCUAAGAGAUGCAGGGUUUUGCCAGAAAACUUGAUGAAGAUAAGAACAUGAAGCUAUUUGGCACUAAAGAAAUUCCUUAAAAGGGAAAUCUUCAGGAUAUGAUGAAAGAAUAACAGGAAAACAGUAGCAAGAGAGAUGCCAAGUUCUUAAAGGAUAUUAAUAAUUCUGCUUAUAUGGAUUCAGGUAUGUAGUUAGAUGAGAGAAUUGGCAGAAAUAAGCACUAUAUUGCUAGAGGAGCUAAUAAUAACGAUGAUUGA